AUGGGUCUCUACAUUUCAAAGCUUUUCAACAGUCUCGUGGGCUCCAAGGAGAUGCGUAUUUUGAUGGUCGGUCUUGACGGUGCCGGUAAGACUACUGUGUUGUACAAGCUGAAGCUAGGCGAGGUUGUCACCACCAUCCCUACUAUCGGUUUCAACGUCGAGACUGUCGAAUACAAGAACAUCUCGUUUACCGUUUGGGAUGUCGGUGGACAGGACAAGAUCAGACCUUUGUGGAGACACUACUUCAGAAACACCGAGGGUAUCAUCUUUGUCGUGGACUCCAACGACAGAUCACGUAUCUCUGAAGCCAGAGAGGUUCUGCAAAGAAUGUUGAACGAGGACGAGAUCAGAAACGCAGCAUUACUAGUGUUCGCCAACAAGCAGGAUUUGCCAGAGGCCAUGUCUGCUGCCGAGAUCACUGAGAAGCUGGGCCUACACUCGAUCAGACAACGUCCAUGGUUCAUCCAGGCCACCUGUGCCACCUCCGGCGAGGGUCUUUACGAGGGUUUAGAGUGGCUGAGCAACAGUCUGAAGAACCAGAACUGA